GUCUCAGGACGUACUGCGUACUGCAAAUAAAAACACAAGAAGAACUAAGGAGAAAGUGGCCGGCCAGGGACACGGAUCCGAUAUGUAGAGGCAGAGGCACAGAUCGAGAUGGAAGACGGAAGCCAUUCUUUUUCAAUGCUCCAUGAGAGAUCUCCCGAACCUCAACCUCAGCUUCCACGACAAGCUGGCGGAUGGAAAGCAAUAAAAUACAUCUUGGGGAAUGAGUCGUUCGAGAAAUUGGCGUCGAUGAGUUUGAUAGCCAACCUGACGGUGUAUCUGAACACACAAUACAACAUGGGCGGUAUGCUUUUGGUUAAUGUGGUGAAUAUUUGGUCCGGCUGCUCCAACAUCGCGCCGUUGGCCGGCGCCUUCAUCUCCGACACUUACCUGGGCAGAUUCCAGACUCUCCUAUUUGGCUCCAUAGCCUCUUUCCUGGGCAUGGGGAUUGUUACUCUCACUGCAGGGAUACCUCAACUAAGACCCCCAAUUUGCACUGCGCAAUCUCUUUGCCUUCAGCCCCAAAUCUGGCAACUCGGCAUUCUCUUUGCUGGUCUCGGAUUGCUAGCAGUGGGGGCUGGUGGCAUUCGACCCUGCAACAUCGCCUUUGGUGCCGAUCAACUCGACACCACAACUGAAAAGGGAAAGAAACAGCUUGAGAGCUUCUUCAAUUGGUGGUAUUUCUCCUUUACGAUCAUGCUGUUGAUAGCCCUCACUGGUGUGGUUUUUGUCCAAAACAAUAUCAGCUGGGUUUUGGGUUUCGCUAUUCCAACUGCUUGCCUUUUCAUGUCAAUACUCAUUUUCUUGCUUGGCAAACAAACCUACAUCUGCAAAGUUCCACAAGGAAGCAUAUUUGUAGACAUGGCAAAGGUGAUCGUAGCUGCCUAUCGUAAAAGUGGACCAACCCUCGUGCCAGCUGCGAGUUGCUACGAGCCUCGGUUAUACAAUUCCCAAUUUCAAGAAGAUCAAUGUAGCGGAUCCAAGCUUGCCCGUACCGAAAGGUUCAAGUGGCUGGACAAGGCUGCCUUGAUCACUGAUCCGAGCCAACUAGACCCCCAAGGAAAGCCCGAGGAUGGAUGGAGACUCUGCAGUGUACAACAAGUGGAACAGCUCAAGUGCUUCCUAGGAAUUGUGCCAGUUUGGUUAUCCGGAAUUGCUUGUUUCAUCGUCAUGGACCAGCAAAACACUUAUGGAAUCCUUCAGGCAAUUCAAAUGAACAAAUCAAUUGGACCCCAUUUCAGUAUCCCCCCGGCUUGGAUGAACCUCACAUCGAUGAUCGCGCUUUCAACAUGGAUUUUAAUCUACGAGCGGGUGUACAUUCCUUUAACCAAAAAGACGAAGAAAGACAAGAGGAACCUGCGAUUGUCAAUGCAGGCACGGAUUAAGAUCGGCAUUGUGAUGUCCAUUUUGUGCAUGUUGGUGGCUGGGGUUGUCGAGAAAAGGAGGCGAGACUCAGCUUUAAGACUUCAAUCCUUCGUCUCACCCUUAAGCGUUGCGCUGCUGCUUCCACAACUUGUUUUAUCAGGGCUAACCGAAGCAUUUGCUGCAGUUGCAAUAAUGGAAUUCUUGAGUACACAAAUGCCUGAAAGCAUGAGGACUAUUGCCGGGGCAAUCUUCUUCCUCAGCCUGUCCGUUGCCAGCUACCUGAGCUCCGUUCUUGCAUCAAUUAUACGGGGAUUAAGUGGGACGAAUGGGCGAUCGGCAUGGGUGGGCGAUCGGGACCUCAACAACGGGAGGCUCGAGUACUACUACUACACCAUUGCUGCUUUUGGAGUGCUCAAUUUCCUGUACUUCAAUUUCUUUGCAAGCCGUGAUUUGUUAAGCAGAAGUGUGGAGGUAGAAGAAAAGGUGAGUGGGAGAACUGAUCAAGACAAGGAAGAGGGCAUGGAUAUGACAAAAAGUUGACUGUAAAUGAGGCUAUUAUUCCUUUAUGGUGUUGAUCAUGUGCUAAUAUACAUUUAUCUAAUUCUCUGCUAUUAUGCAAGUUUCACUGUAAUGCAAAUUUUCCUCAUUUAAAAUUAUCUUUCGAGAUUCAAA